AUGUCUUCCUCUUUGCAGAAAGGACCGCUCUGGGUGGUGCCUCCUGGGUUUCAUCGCAAUGCGACUUUCUUCGGCAUGCAGAAGGAGCUUGACAUACUACACACCCGACUCUUCAAAGCAAAGAAGCGGGCCGAGAAUCUGAUGGCAGUCAUUAUCUCCGGUGUCCCGGGAUCUGGUAAAUCGCACCUUGCACGCCAAUAUGUCUGGAAUCAUCGCGGCGACUACCCUGGUGGUAUAUUUUGGGUCGACGCGAAAAGUCGCCAGUCGACAUUUAAAUGUUUCUGGGACAUUGCCCAAGCCGCGACUUUGACAGACGGUGAAGAGUUUGAAAGUCCCGAUACCAAAUCACCAAGUAAGUAUGUCGAGGCGGUCCGCCUUUGGCUACAAUCACGACAGGAAUGGCUUCUUGUUUUCGACGGAGUGAGCUUUGCUCAUGAUGAUGAUAUCAAUGACUUCAAGCAGUUUCUCCCGUUCAAAGAGCGAUGCGGCAUCAUCUAUACCUCGGUGGACAAGACUCUACGCAAGAAGCAACGCCUGUACGAGCCCUAUUGCCUGAUGGUAGCCCCACUGCAAGUUGAGGAUGCGUGCAAGCUUCUCUUCAAGGAUCUUGGAAUCAAGAGGCCGACGAGGGAGCAGGUUCGCAAGGCAACGGAAGUGGUAACGCACUACGAAUGCCUCCCGUUGGCCAUCCAUGCCAUCAGUCACCGACUCAGCGCAACCGACAAGCCCAUCGAAAAAUAUCAUAUCAAUUCGCACUUCACUGACGAAAAGCUGGCUGAGCCGUUUCUCAGCAUUAUGCACGAUCUGUUCCGGGAAGAACAUUUCCAGGCCUUGAAUCUUAUCAAUCUUCUGUCCUUCCUAGGCCACCAAGUCCCAGUUGGACUUAUCACACUGGGAAAGUCGUUUCUGCACGCUUGGAACAUUGGAGUCUUUACCAGCAGCAGGCACGGUGAGCCUGGUGAUCUUGACACCACACUUGGGAUUCUGAUCCGCUACGGUCUUAUCGAGAGGACUUCGGACAAGUAUCCGUUACUUCAAACACCUUUGUCGCCAAUCUCUGAAAGGUAUUUGGUAGACCCCAAAUCAGUGAUUCCGGAAAUGUCAGAGUCCCAGACAGAAAGCAGCCAAGAGGGCUUUUUCACCCAGUACGCCCACUCUGGUGUCUCCGAUAUCGUCAAAAUCCACAGCGUCGUUCAAGGCUUCUGCCGCGACGAGCUCAAAAUCAUGGAUAAGGAGAACAGGGCUAAUGGCUCGCGCCCCGGGCAAAACACCGGGUAUUAUGAUUCCUGGCUUGUUGUAGCUACUCAUGUCUUCUGCACCUCGUUUGAGAACGCAAAGUGUCGUAUGGAUCGCGUCGAUGACUGCGGGUCGGUCAAAGACUAUCGCGAGUACGAGACUCAUGCCUCGCAGCUGAUGAAGAACUUCCCUAAGAAGACCUCGCAUGGCAUAGUCAGCGAGACCCUGAAACAACUGAAGGACGCCAUGAAGACAAUCCGAAGCGAGAUUGUUCGGAUAUCACCGAGUUCUUCGCAGGAAUCAAUCCGCAAACAUCGGUCGGUCUUUGAUCGGUCGAGUAGCUCCUCGUCUUUCCCGGACUCGACAGCUUCUGACGGGCCAUCUCGCCAGCUGACUCUCGAUUUCAGCGAUAUCGUACCUUUGCGCUCAGAGUCGCCUCAGGAGGCUCGGAUGAUACAACCGAAGCAAGUCAAUCUGGGCCCUAUCAUUCCUCAUAUUUUCCGGAACUCCACUAGUCGCGAAACGGACAAGUUGAACGAUGAAGGGCAUCUGAAAGAUGGGUACUUGACGGAUGAUGAAUCUGCUCGGGCCAGAUCUCCAGCGAGAUCACAGGUUAGCCAGUCAACCGAGCGCCCAAAGCCAUCACCAUCUAGUCCGCACCAACAGACUGACGACGAAGGGUGGCAUGUGGUUGGAAAUCUUUCAAGGACUAGGCCGUCAUCAAAAUCGAGACAGAAACAGAGACAGAAACCGAAGCGGAGACCGGGAUUUCCCCGAGUUGGAAAUUCUGAACCCGCGGCCCCAGUCCUCGAGAAGACGCCGGCCUGGAGGAGUUUGUCUGGCGGAACCCUAAGCGAUCUGACUCCUCGUCGCACGGCGUCAGAAGCACUAUCGGCUGUCAACAAAGCGAGCCCGACGCAGUCCAGUGCGCAUGGUGCUUCUCGUAUUUCUCCACUCCAGUCGAAGGAGAACGUCCCUACCUAUGCUUAUGUUGCGUCAAGGCUUGCGCUCGCCAAAGAGCCCAUCCCGUCAUCCAAGAAUCACCGAUCUUCCUCCUCCCCAGGUGGAAAACACCGUCCAGUAUUCUCGUUGAUACAGAGUCGGGCAUCGGGGGAGUCACUAUCAGCGUACUCGGUCGAGAAUGACUGCAAGCAAGACCCUCUGAGCUUUUCGACCUACAGCGAACCAGACCACCACCUUUUGCAGCAUCUGAGCGCCCAGGAUCUCAGUUCCCAGUACCCUGCUAAUCCUAGCACGGGAAGACGAAUCGGUUCGGCGGAUAUGUCGCUGAGCACCCCAGCCCUAGGCAUACCCUAUAAAAGCAAUAUCGAGACCAAACUCCCCCGUUGGCGAUUUCAAGACGCAGUUACCCCGGGUUUCAGCAGCAAGUCAUCGACAAACGUCAGUUCCAUCCCCGGAUCCCACCCAUCUGCCAUAAUGCCCGGCGCGUCCCCGCCUUCGUCUGACCCAGCGUCGGAAUUUAUGUCACGCGGCCCUUCGGGAAGAUCCAACCAGUCUUGGUCUACUGAUUCAAGGGGCCGCCGGUACUCGUCGCGCAUCUCACCACCGCCUCACCCACAAGUUUUGUCCGGGCCUGGAAGCUGGGGCUCAGACCAUGUUAUUCAAGUCACGCAGCGCCCAUAUUCCAAUCUCUCAGCCGACAAGUCCUAUGCAGCAGUAGCCCAAAGACAGUACAUCCCCGCACCGACACCCGAGAAUGCUAUUCAUGCAACAAUGCCACCCCCGCCUCCACCAGCCUUCAACUUCGGGGCGCACAGAGUCGAUCUCCAAGCCCAGCUGCGCGCAAACCCCCAGUAUCAGUACAGCAUUCACCCGCAACCACAACCCCACUCGCAGUAUCACGUCUAUAGCCACGAAAAUCGCUCAGGCCCGCUUUUCCCACCACCAACGCAUGAGCCUCCCGCUUCAGGCUCUUAUCCACAGGAGUACCUGAUUGGGAGUGCGAAUAGAGCGAGAGCCAGGAGCGGGAGCACGCCGUCCCAUCCAUACCCGCCCGGGUUAGGGCUGGACUUUUGA